CUGCUGGUAUCUAGUUGAGGUUUCGGAAGCCCCAUUGAUCAUUAAAGUUGAACAAUGAAAACGAAUGUUCGAGUCGGAUUCUUGCUCAUUUUACUGGAUUUCUUGCUUCCCAUGUCGUGUGGAGUAGACAUAUUGAAACCGGCGGAAGCAGAAUUCGUCAUUUUCUACACCGUGGGUAAACAUGAUUCUGUGAUCCGCCAUCGCCGAUUCAUUGCUGACCGUGGACUUUCCGCCAAUCUCCAUGCACUCCUCUUCUUUACGGGUUAUCGUACGGGAAUUCGCGUCAAUGAUCUAUACGACCGAGUUUUCGGAAAUGAAGGGACAAUGGAGAGAAAAAGAGUCAUGGCCGAGAUCAAAGCGUUGGAGAAGAACGCCACCCGCAUCCAAAAUGAAUUGGAUUCUGCCACUUUGGGCCAUUUAGAGGAAAUCAUGUCCCUUCAGAAAAAUGUCACCUUGUUGCGGGAUGCCCAUCGGCAAGAAAUUCUCGAAGUUUUGGAACUCUCCGAAGAUGACAACGACGUUUUGGUGGUAGACGAAGGGUGUUUUGAUUUCUUGGACGACAUGACGGAAGACCCCAAGUGCGACAUUUGGACCAUUUUAUUCUAGUUCAAUAAAAACGGAAUGCCAUUCGAAAUAUCACGGAACCUCUUCGAAGCCACCCUCUCUUCCAGUCGCAAAGUUAUCCAUUUGAUAUGCCCCUUGGAACGUAUCUCGUCAUUCCAUGACUCAUGUCUCCUGAUCACGAUGAGUUCUUGGACAAGGAAACGCCAUGUAUUUUGUACGCAUAAUGAGAGAGUUGCUGCAUUGCAAUAUUCCUGUUCCUCCUGUCAUCAUGCCAUGUUUUUCCUCGAAGUGGACAAACAACAACACUCGUGUGUUAAAUCAUUUGUUCACGGAUCAUAAUGCACACAGAUGUGUCUACACGCCUUUUGCACAGCUGAAUAAUAAUAAGUCGGAAAGCCAACCUUUGUUCCAACUUUCGGUUUGGCGAGCUUUUCCACCCAAUUGACCUCGAACUUGUUCAUAAAGGCCGUCCUUGUUAAGCCCCCUCCUCCCCUGUUCAUCACUCAUUCGAUCGAUAACGAACAACCUUCAUUAAGGGUCUGACCGUCACUAAUACAACUUUCGUGUCAAACUUGGACGUGCUCGUUCAAAUGUCAGGUGACUCCCAAAAAUAUUGUGCUCCACCCAUUUUGGCCGAUUUCAAAAGCGAGGAGGUCCUUCUGAGUCAAUGAAGAAGGUGGAAAAUGAUUCCAAGACGUGCGGGAAAUACCCAAUGUGAAGUUUGGAAGAUCGAGAGAUGAAAUCAAUAUGGUACCAAACGGAACCAAUUGGAGUGAUGAAUGAUGGGUUCAGAACUAGGCGGUGCAUUCCAAUGACGGGACUUCGCCUUAAAAGACCGUCCCUUUAUCAUGACUGCGGAUUUCGAUUCCUCCUCCGCCCCCAGUAAAAUCCCAUUGGGAGGAAAGAGUCACGAAGACCUUUUCCACACAAACAACUACCCCAGGUUGUCGCCCGAUCCAGAUCGAGACCUGCCCAAUCCCAAUGAGACCGAAAGCAAACGACCCACUCCAUCCCCGCAAUACUCGGAAAAAGAUCGCCCAAUCUCUCCUCUAAAACGGAACGGAAGUUUCGCUCAUGCCAUGGCCCGCCCUCCGGCCUUAGGAAAUCGCCCCCUGAAUGGAGGUCCACGUGUGAAUGGGUACUUACCCUCUAAAUCCAGCUUACUCCGAGAUUGUCAGGAUCCCAUGUUCGAGGGAGAUGUUUCGAGCUGCCGAUUAGGCGUGGAAUGGACGAUAUCCUUGAUUAUGGAUUGCUUUCUCCUAUUCGCCGAGUUCCUGUUCAACCUUUGGUUAGCCUUAUUGCUCAAAGACCAAGGCCAAUACGGUCCCUAUGUUGCCAUUAUCGUCCUCUUCUUCGUCCCUUCUCUCAUCAACGGCCUCAUUUGGGUCAGCAUUAAGAAAUCCUAUUCACAAAUAGGAUUUGGCUUCAUGCUUGCCGUAGUCUGCUCUGGUUUCCCCUCGCCCUUAUUUGUGUACAUCUGGCAUUUGUACUUGACUGCAUUUUGCUCUCAGCCGGAAUCGCAACGCUCCAAAAUUCUGGCCAAUGUCUUUCGCCUCGCUCAGGCCUUCUGCUCUUCCGUGCCUUUGAUUUUGCUCAAUAUUUUCACGCUCAUCAGUAUUCUCCAAGCCAACGAUAGCCGUGCUUUGAACCUCACCACUUUGGGGGCUCAUCUUAGUUUCGGACUCAAUAUGAAAGUCCAUAGCUUGGCUGCCAUUGCCUCUUUCAUGAAUGUCAUGCGAGCGGCCUCCUUGUUCAAUGAGCGCAAAACUUACACCAUCCUGUUCGUGAUGGCCGGAUAUCCAUUUCUAUUAUUCACUAUAGUAUCAAGAAUUUUGUCCAUGGCUGUGAUUUUUAGUUUCAUGACAUUUCAAUGGACCAUUUUCCUCAUCUUUGGAUUGGUUUUCACAAAUAUGUUGCUCUAUCGGGCGUGCAAGAAGCCGGAUCUCCAGCCAUCUCCCACCCUUGAAGAGACUCAAUUAGAUGCCUUCGAAAUGUCGGAUCAGCUCAGCACCAAUGAUCUCCCAUGUUGCAGUUCAGCGGGUCCAUGUUCCAAUGACUUGGACAAGAAAGAAGACGGCUUUUGGCCCACCUUCCCCAAGACCGUGGCUCUCUCCGUGUGUUCAAUUUUCAUCCCUUCUGGAUACACCAACGACAUUCGCUCUCACCAUCCUCGUCUCCGGGGUGGUCUGUUCAUCUUGCUGAAUUAUCUGUUCAACAUGCUCUGGAUUGGACUUGCCUUGGGUUUUACCAUCAUCUACCAUGUCCCCAACACCAUCCAAGGAGUGACCUUACCCCAGCCAUCAUUCAAGGUCGAGCUCCCCGGAAGCAAGGUCAUCGUUCAAGCGGGCGGACUAGACGUAGCCGUGAACUUACCCGUUCAGAAAAUCGACCUGGGAUCGAUGCCGGCCGUAUCCGCCACAUUGAACACGGAUAGCACCGACCUGAUCCAUGCCAUAGUGGUGCCCAUGGUUCUCGCUCUGUUAGCCGUGCCAUUUGUGAUCAUGAGAGCCGCCAUGAUGGAACUGGAUUGCUUCGUGACCCGACGGAAAGAGUUGGAAUUGGGCCAAAAUCGGGAUGUGGAUGAGUGUGAUGGAGGUCAUGCGGAGGUUUUCGUAGAUGUGGGUGGACGCACCCACAAGAUCCGGCCUUUACAUCAAGCUGUGGUGGAAAAUGCAGAGGAUCGCCGACUCAAAGCCCGAUUGUAUUUGACCAUUUGUUGCUCUGUUUGUGGGAUGUGCGUGUUCACGACCAUGAUGAUUGUGGCGGGAGGCCUUUUGGUGUUUCAGUUCCAUUGAACAAUGCUCAAAUCAAUCAUUUCACAAAAGUCAGCCUUGCCAACCCAAGACGUAAAAUCUUGAAGAGAAAGCGCCAAUAUGAAGAGCCUUUGUGUGCCUAACUUUGAUUAGAUGUAUGCGAUUAUCGGUGUCCUUGAUAUUGUCUGAUCCCAAUCAAAAUGUACAAAUUGAUGAUGAGAACCAACCCAGAAAUAUAAAACGGCUUAUAUUAAAUCCUCAA